AUGAUCCCACCAUUUGAGACGACCUUCGCGGUCCCCUUGAGUUGCGAGAGCUGCAUCAAGGAUGUCUCUUCCUCGCUAUACCAGCUGGAAGGGAUCAACAACGUCUCCGCCUCCCUCAAAGACCAACUAAUAUCCAUCACCGGCACUGCCGCCCCCUCCCAAAUCGUCAGCGCCAUCGAAUCGACCGGCCGCGAUGCCAUCCUCCGCGGUUCAGGCAAGGCCGAGAGCGCUGCUGUCUGCAUCCUCGAGACGCAUGCGAGUACUGUGCGCGAGCAGGUGAAGGGGCUCAUACGAAUGGUGCAGGUGUCGCCGACUAUGACGAUUAUUGAUAUGACCCUCAAGGGCGCGAGUCCAGGGACAUACGACGUUAGUGUGCGGGAGCGGGGAGAUAUCAGUGAGGGCGCGGCGAGCACAGGUGGGGUCUGGGACGCUGUGCAAGCUGCGCAGGAGAAGCAGCCACGGGUAGCGAAGGGGGUGUGGGGCACGAUUGAGGUCGGGCAGAGCGGGCUGGGGAGCGUGUUUCUGGAUAAGCCGAUACAGAUAUGGGAGAUGAUCGGACGGUCUAUCGUGGUCAGCAGGAGGGCGGAGAAUGGGAAGCAGAGGGAGAAGCUGGAAAGGGAGGAUGCAGAUACUUUUGUUGGUGUCGUGGCGAGGAGCGCUGGGGUGUGGGACAACGACAAGACGGUAUGCAGCUGUUCGGGCAAGACGGUGUGGGAGGAGAGGAAGGAGCAGACGUCGAAAGGCAUGUUAUGA